AUGUUGGGGUCUUUCACAGACUUCAUCCGCAGGGCCGCAUCGGGCAAAAUCCUCAGCCAGCCAACUCUACACUGGAUCCGCUGUUCACUUUUCGCCACAGGGCCCAGGCAGGAUGCUGGCACAAUCUUUGAGCUUCGUACCUAUGACAUUAAGCCAGCGAAAGCCAAAGAAUUCCUGGAAUUGGUCAGUAGAAACAUUCAUGUUCGUACAGCUCACUCUGAGAUGAUUGGAUUCUGGACAGCAGAAUUGGGGUCAAUGAAUAAGGCCUUCCACAUCUGGAAAUACGAUACUUUUGCCCACAGAGUGGCUGUGCGGAAAGCUGUUGUCAGCGACAAAGAAUGGCAGGAAAAACUGUCUGCAAUUCUACCGCUCCUAAAAACACAGGACAUGGAAAUAGCUUACCUGGUCCCAUGGUGUAAGCUCGGCACUCCUCCCGAAGAGGGAGUUUAUGAGUUGGUUACUUAUCAGCAGAAACCAGGCGGGCCGGCUUUGUGGGGACAGUCAUUCAAAGCGUUAAUAGAUGCCCAUGUCAGUACAAGCUAUGCUACACUGAUUGGAGCCUUCCACACAGAAUACGGAUUGCUUAAUACAGUUCAUGUGCUUUGGUGGCACAAGAGCCCAGACAGCCGUGCAGCCGGAAGGCAUCGUGCCCAUGAAGAUGCCAGAGUGGUAGUAGCUGUACGAGAGAGUGUUCAGUUUUUGGAAUCCCAGCGAAACGUGCUUCUGACUGCGGCACCAUUUUCACCUUUGAAAUAAUUUCCUACC